CUUUACACUAACCCCUCAUCGUUGAUCAAUCUUCGUCUUUGUUAAAAGGCUUUGUUGAUUCCUUUGUGUUUUUUUUUUCUUUCUCUCGCUGCCUUGCGGUUCAAGUAAUCACAAGGCGGUGGGGAAGAAAGAAGUAAACAAAUUUGAAAACGAUGAGGGUUAUUGGGAUGAAGAUACCUUGGGACAUACGCUAUUCGUUAAGUCUAUUGAUAUUGUUAUCAUCAGUUCUUUUUCUUUGCAACGGCCAAGACUAUGGAACUCCGGGAGAGGACGGAGCAGGAGGAGUCGAGCCUCCACCUGAGAUGGCACAUUGCAACGGUAUUUUCAUGAGCUACAACUUCGGCAGCCGGGAAAGAGAGUACCCGCACGUCAAGAACGUGACCGCGCAAUCGUGGGCGUUUAAAGCGACUGCGAUGAUUGUAAACGCGGGUAGGGAAGAGCUCAAAGGUUGGCAAAUGUUCAUAGGGUUCCGUCACAAAGAGCUGAUCGUUUCUGCCACCGGUGCAUCUCCUAUGGACGGCGAUUAUCCUCUGGACGCCAGCAAUGGAACCACGUUCAUUGGAUCGCCAAACACGGAUUUGAAAACCUCCAUUGAAACCGCCGGUGAUUUCACUCAGAUAUCUACCAAUAUCGAGAUCACCGGAACUCUUUUCGGGGUUGCCAAAGGGGUCACGCCCAUGCCAAGAACUAUUAAGCUCACCAACGAUGGUUGGGAAUGCCCUGCGCCUAAAAGAAAAGGAGGUAGUAUGAACGUAUGUUGCAAGAGAAACCCUAAGUUCAAGAACAAGACUGGACCAAAGACAAAGUUUCCACCGAGAAGGUACGGUGAUCUGAACAUAGUCUAUGAUGUUCUGCAAUCGUUCGACAGCAACUACUUAGCCCAAGUGACUAUCGACAAUGAUAAUCCACUCGGACGUUUAGACCGUUGGAACCUAACAUUUGAAUGGAUGCGGGGAGAGUUUAUAAACACUAUGCGAGGAGCUUACACUCACAAGAAAGAUCCAUCUGAAUGCCUUUACAGCAAAGCUGGACAGUAUUACAAAGACUUGGAUUUCUCUCAGGUCAUGAAUUGUCAGAAGAAGCCAGCCAUUUCAGAUUUGCCUCCUGAGAAGAAGGACGAUAACGUAACGGGAAAGUUACCUUUCUGUUGCAAAAACGGAACUCUUUUACCACCUACUAUGGAUCCUUCGAAAUCUCGAUCGAUGUUUCAAUUGCAGGUUUUCAAGUUGCCUCCUGACCUAAACAGAACAGCUCUGUACCCACCUCAGCAUUGGAAAAUUGACGGUAUUCUCAAUCCGCAGUACAAAUGCGGGGCACCGGUUCGGGUAGACCCGUCUCCAUUCCCGGAUCCUAGCGGUCUACAGAUAACCUAUGCGAUCGCCAGCUGGCAAGUGGUCUGCAACAUAACCAAACCCAAAGCCCAAGCCUCAAGAUGUUGUGUAUCUUUUUCUGCCUUUUACAACAGCUCUGCAAUUCCUUGUAACACUUGCGCUUGCGGAUGCAACGAUAUUGAUACUGACACUUGUGAUGCUCAUCGUAACCCGCUCCUCCUUCCUCCAGAUGCCCUCCUUGUUCCCUUCGAUAACCGAACCCUAAAGGCUAGAGCAUGGGCUAAACAAAACCACAUGUCAUUACCAAAGAAACUUCCUUGUCCGGAUAACUGUGGAGUCAGUAUUAACUGGCACGUUAGCACGGAUUACAAAACUGGUUGGACCGCAAGGUUAACCGUCUUCAAUUGGAGAAAUUUUGCGUUCGAGGACUGGUUUGUGGCGAUUGAUAUGGGGAAGGCAGGUCCAGGAUAUGAAAACGUCUACUCCUUUAAUGGAACACGUGUUCCACCAAACAACCGAACCUUUCUCUUCCAAGGCUUGCGAGAUAUGAACUAUCUUGUCGGUCAAGUCAACGGAACCAAUCCAUUAAGAGACCCUCCCGUGCCAGGAAAGCAACAAUCUGUUAUCUCCUUCUCCAAGAAGAACAUCAAAGGACUGAAUAUUCCAGAAGGCGACGGUUUCCCGACUAGGCUUUUCUUCAACGGAGAAGAAUGUGCGCUUCCAACACAUUUCCCCAAGAAGAGUUCAGGACAUAGACGCGGUAUCAGCGUCUUGAUGUCCCUUGUUUUUGCAACCGUCGCGGCCUUUGCACUAAUGAUGGAUUAAUUACUGAAGAGAUAGCUAAACUUAGCAUUCUUGAUCAGUUUUUUGGUCUUCAAAUUCUAAAGAUUUGGUGUUUUGAUGAUAUUGCUGAACAGAGAAGGAUCAAAACGAGCAGCUGUGGAGAUAUAUUUGUUAUAUGAUUUGAUCUAAUAUGGGAAAAUAUUGACAAUGUUGUAUUAAUACUUUUGUUUGGUCUAUAAAAGUAUUAAAGUGUAUGUUGUUCUGUGGUACUCCCAAAAUCUCAGAAUAGUGUUGGCCUUUUUUUUUGACAUUAAGGGAUCUUUUAUUAGUCUUUUGAUUUUGCAAUCUUGUGAAUUCUCUCUUCGUUCUUGAAGAUCUCUAUCGGAAAAAUAAUAAUAAAAUAACAAUCAAAGAUUCGGAAGCAAAGAACAAAAAGCUAUUGACAGAAGAAGCAAGUCACAGGAGAUUCCAAAACUGAAACACAGUUCUUGAAAA